CCUUGCGCAACCUCACGCUCCCGUCUUCCUGUUUGAGUGCUGCAGCUGGAGAGAGAAAAAAUGGCAGCUGAAACAGGCAAAUACAGGAGUGCUGUUAGCAAAAACAAAGACCCCUCUGGUCUUCUCAUCUCUGUCAUAAGGACUCUGUCCAGCAGCGAUGACGUGCAGGACAGGGAGACGGAGAAGGGUCGCCUGGAAGACGCCUUUGAAAUAUGCGACAGGGAUUUAGAUAAACUGAUAGUUCAGCAUUACGCAGAACUCACCACUGCCAUCCGCACCUACCAGAGCAUCACGGAGCGCAUCACCAGCUCCCGCAAUAAGAUUAAACAGGUGAAGGAGAACCUUUUGUCUUGCAAAAUGCUCCUGCACUGCAAGAGGGACGAGCUGAGGAAGCUGUGGAUAGAAGGCAUCGAGCAUAAGCAUGUCCUGGAGCUGCUGGACGAAAUCGAAAGCAUCAAACAGGUUCCUCAGUGCCUGGAGACCUAUAUGGCCAGCAAGCACUACCUUCUUGCCACUGAAAUGCUGGUGACAGCGGUGGAGUCCCUGGAAGGCAACUUGUUUCAGGUUGAAGGGCUUGGAGAUCUUCGCCUGGAGCUGAAAAACAAGAAGCUGAACAUCCACUUGGUGCUCAUUGACGAGCUGCACCGGCACCUCUACAUCAAGUCCACAAGUCGCCUGGGACACAAGAACAAGGACAAAAACGCUGCUCGACUUCCAGGGUCCUUGACCAAAGACACGUCUCCGAUGUCCGUUUUGGAAGUGAGCGGCCUGUCAACGCCACGCAAGCUUUUGGAUUCUUCACAGUUCAGCACCCCUGGAUCCAGCAGUGUGCGUGAGCUGCAACAAGAUAUUCGGGAUCAUGCAGAUCUCUCUGAGGUGGAUCCAGAGGAAAACAGUGCUGAGUUCAUGGGAAUACUCAUCAAGGCUCUUGCCAAACUGAAGAAGCUUCCCGAUACCACUAAAGCCAUAAUGGAGCGCCUGGAGCCUGAACUGAAACAGAUCGUCAAGAGAUCCACCACACAGAUAGCGGAUCAUGCUUACCAGAGAGGAGAAAACCUGGCCCAGGAGAGCCAGCCAAGGCUGCUGUUGGAACUGCUGGAGCUUUUGUUUGACAAGUUCAAGGCUGUUGCCCAGGCCCACAGCGUGGUGCUGGCCCACAUGCAGCAGAUUGCGGCACACACUCCGGGUGCGACCCACGAGGAGGACAUCAAGCUGUACGAGCAGGCGGACGUGUCUGCCAAAAUCCAGGCAGUGCUGCAGGUUCUGCUGAUGGAGUAUCUGGACGUGAAGAACAGCCGCAGUUCCAACGAGCAGUCGGCUCAGCUCUCCUACGCCAGCACCGGCAGUGAAUUUGCCGCCUUUUUUGCGAAGAAAAAACCCCAGCGUGCCAAGCAGUCUCUGUUCAAGUUUGAAUCAUCGUCCCAUGCAAUCAGCAUGAGCGCCUACCUGAGAGAACAAAGACGAGAACUUUACAGCAAAAGUGGAGAAUUACAAGGUGGUGCUGACGACAACCUGAUUGAAGGCGGAGAAAUGAAGUUUGUGUGUAAGCCAGGAGCGAGAAACAUCACUGUGAUCUUCCAGCCUCUUCUAAGAUUCAUUCAGGAGAUAGAGAUGAACAUGGGGCCCAGCCAAGCCAAGCAGUGCCAGCUCCGAGCGUUCCUCACCUACUACAUUAAUGACCUCUUCCUUAACCAGGUUCGAACGGAGAUCAACAAGGAAAUCGAAGCAGUAAGUAAGGCUGCCGACCCCUUGAAAAUUCUCGCUAGUGCCGACACGAUGAAGCUCCUCGGCGUCCAGAGACCUCUGCUUCAGAGCACUGUGGUUGUGGAAAAGUCCAUCCAGGACCUCAUGAGCCUGAUGCAGGAUCUGAGUGCCUACUCCAACCAGUUCCUGGAGAUGGUCUGUGACAAACUCAAGGAUUACAAGGAAAUCUGCAACACAGCCUAUAGGGCCAUAGUCCAGUGUGAGGAAAAGCUGACGAUCAGCGCCUCCUGGGCUAAAGAUGAGGACAUCACCCGUCUCCUCCAGUCCCUUCCAAACUGGGCAAACAUGACGCUGCCCAGACAGACGCGACAGAAGAGGGAAGACGAAGAGGACUUUACACGCGCUGCUUUCGCUAAGGAGUCAGAGGUGCUGACAGGAAACCUGGGAGAUAAGUUAAUCCCCCAGAACGAGAUCCUGCGCGACGUCAGCGACCUCAAGGCUCUGGCUAACCUUCAGGAGAGCAUGGAGUGGCUCGCUGGUCGCCUCAAGACCUUCUUCACCAACCUGCCUCAGGCGUCCA